AUGGGGGAUGUUCUCUCGCCCACUGCUCCUAAUGGGGCUUCCGCACCCGCUUUGGUAGAGCCAGACCCUUUGAAUGUUCUCGAACACAUCGCCAGCCUUAUCGAAAUCACACUCGGUGCUGCGCGCAAAGAACUUGAGGCUGUGGGGAGCCUGUUAUCCAAACCAGACCGGCCAGCUUCACUUGAGAAAUGUGCCAAAUUUGCAAGCGAUUCGCAGGUCACCCUGUUUGCGCAGAAGGAUAUCAAGCAAAGCCAAGUCAACGGCCAUGAUGAAAACUCAAGUCAGUUCAUGGAACGCGGUAUGCAGUCUCGUCCUAACUAUGUUGUAGGGCUUGAGCACAGCUACACACUUUCGUCCGAGUUGUCACCCUCCUCGACGACAGUCGCCUCGAUUGCCCUCCUCAAGCUGUCGGGCCCCCUUGACGCUCGGAAGCCUCUUGCGCAUCAGAUUCAAGUCUUCAACCUUCCAGGCUCUUAUGCUAUCGAUGGCGAAGUAGUCAGCAAUACCGAACUCGCCUCACCUUAUACCGUAAUGUACUCCCUGCUCCAUAAUGUCCUUGGCCCAUACUUUGAUGCAUAUACAAGGAGAGGUGGUUCUGGGACCCGAAGUUGGUAUGAUGCCCAAGCCAAAGGUGGUGUGCCUGGAGCGAAGAGACGAAUGAUGGAGUUGGAAAUAAGCCUCCUGAACUUACAGCAGAACACCGAUAUUCCGCUCGUUCAUCUACCCCUUCACGAGGUCGUGGUAGAUACCUUGCAAGACGCUGCGGCCCAGGGGGUCCAGCCCACCGUCCAGCUCAUUCCUACGCAAAUCUUGGAAAACACCACGGUGCAGAACAGUCUUACCAAUACUGUCAACGGAUGGAUCAAGUCAAUACAAGCCCUGACCAAGCUUGCAAAGGACCUUUCUGGUGCUCAAGCGACUGCUGCUCAAGAAAUAAACUUUUGGUUGAACCUUGAAUCCGCCCUCGCCAAGUUGGGAGAUGAAUUGGAGUCGCCGGGAGUCAAGUUGACCAUGGACAUAUUAAAGAAGGCGAAACGGCAGCAGCAGGUUAUUGGAUUUGACACUGACACGGGAUUGAAAGAGGCCCGGGAUAUCGUGCACAACUACAACACCCUCAUGCGUGAUUUCCCACUCGACGAGCUCUCAUCUGCAGGUUCACUGGAAAAGGUGGUAGAUGCCCUGGACUCUAUUUUCGGCCAUCUCAACAAAAAAUGGAGGGUUUGCAAUUAUCCGAUUCGACGAGCACUUAAACUCGUAGAAGGUAUCUCUGCAGAGUUGAACACCCAAGUGCAUAAUCUACUUCAGGGAAGAUCGAUCAUGUCUUCGAGCUACAAGGACUUCCAAAAAUUGAUGGAGUCCGUCAAUAAGGUGUGGGCAACUUGGGACGAUCACCUGAAGAGCUUUACUGCAGUCGCGCGCGAGAUUACCAGACGCAAGAACAACGAUUUUGUUCCCGUGAAGAUUACGUCUCAACAUGCCCAGACACAGGAGCGCCUACGGUACGUGAACCAGUUUCGCAACAAUCACGAACAAUUACUUCAGACGAUUGUGAAUGUCCUCGGAGUCAAGUCGACCGCUCCUGGCCAGACAGCGCCUCCCGAUGAAGCCGGGACCGCGAUAAUUGAGGAGCUUGGUGAUGUUGAUGCUGUCGAAGAGGUCAACGCCGCGUAUGAAGUCGUCAGGCAUGUAAACGUUCUCGAUGUUUCAGAAGAUGGUACGAGAGUCUGGGUCGAUGCAGAAAACCAGUACACGGAGAGGACAUCUCGUGUUGAGGAUUCAAUUAUUGCCAGACUGAGAGACCGCCUCGGCAAAGCAAAGACCGCCAACGAGAUGUUUCGAGUGUUUGAAAAAUUCAACGCACUGCUCGUCAGACAAAAGGUUAGAAGCGCAAUAGCAUCUUAUCAGGCACAGCUUCUGGACAACGUCAAAAGCGCCAUUGCAGCCCUGCACGAGCGGUUCAAGCAGCAAUACGGCGGCUCAGAAGCACAAAUGAUGGCACAGCUACGUGAUAUUCCUCCUGUAGCUGGAGCGAUUCUUUGGGUACGACAAAUCGAAUCACAGUUGGAUGGCUACAUGUCCAAAGUCCAAGCCGUUCUUGGAGAGGACUGGAAGCUCCACACAGACGGCGAGAAGUUACAAGCUGAAAGUAACAUGUUCCGAAAGAAGCUCACCACCCGAGAUAUCUACGAAGCAUGGCUGUAUGAUGUCCAAUCAAGAGAUAUCUCGGUGACAGGGAGGCUCUUCGUCAUCAUGCGCAGCCGAAGUGCUAACGGAGCGCUGGAGUUGCACGUCAAUUUUGACAAUCAUGCCAUCUCUCUCUUCAAAGAAGUCCGAAAUUUAACGUGGUUGAACUUCCAGAUUCCGCAUCGCAUCGCUACCACCGCCAAACAAGCACAGAGAGUAUAUCCGUACGCGUUGAGUCUGAUGGAAAGUGUUUCGGGCUACUUCUCGACAGUUAGGACCAUCUUAGAGAUGCCAAAUAUGGCCCCUCUAAUGGCUGGUUAUGAGAGAGAAGUACAAAAUCUCUUCAGCACCGGCGUGAAGUUGCAGUGGGAUUCAUUUAUCCAUUCGUACGAAGUGCAUAUCAAGGGAAAGUCUACGUCGAAUGACUCUGCCCAUGUGCAAUACGUUCGUGACUUGGCUACGGCUGUUACGGUAUUGCAGAGCAAGACGGCGAUCAUUCGGGAGCUCGACCAGAAGAUCCAACUAGCACUUUCGGAGAUGAAGACAUGCCAAUACUCAGCCAAAUCCUUUCAGGCUCACAUGGACACUAUACAGAACGCCGUUGACAAAAUGAAUCUGGAAAGCUACGCCAACUUGUCCCCCUGGGUAACAGACUUGAAUUUGCAGCUCCGUCGAAUAUUCCGGGAACGGUUGCAGCAUGCACUAAAACAUUGGACGAGCACUUUCGUCUCUCGAGACGGGCAUGACGGAAUGCAGCAAAACACCGUCGCACCGGAGGAUGCAAUCUACCAUGUUGAUUUCCCGCAGACCAACAUUGAAAUCAUCAUGAACAAUCAGACCAUCUUCGUCGAGCCCCCUUUGAAUUUUGUCAAAGCGUCCUGGGUAAACCAGUUGGAAGACUGGCUCGAUGUCCUGUGUCAUCUGCCUCAGAUCACUCUUCGAUAUCAGGUAACGGCUGACGCUGGCCUAACACAGACGUCCCUUACCUAUAAUGAUUUGCCUUUGGAGACCGUCGAGACACUGCUCACAGCGUACAAAGCCAUUGAUUCGAAAAUUGAUCAAAUGUCAACCUACCUCGAUGAAUGGUACACAUAUCAGAACCUUUGGGACCUGAGAAGCGACCAACUGCACGAGACUUUGGGCGACGACCUCGGCCAGUGGCAUCAAUUACUUCAAGAAGUUCGCCAUGCGCGAUCGACGUUCGACACCUCUGAGGGCCGAAAAGCUAUUGGCUCUGUUGUCUUUGACUAUGAGCAGGUCCAGUCAAAGAUCACUCAGAAGUACGACAACUGGCAGGACGAGAUCACGAGAAAAUUUGGUGGUAUCCUCGGCAAUCGUAUGGCAGAAGUGUUUAACGAGAUGAAACAAUCCCGGCAAGAUCUCGAAAAUCAGUCCCUAGAAGCAUCCUCCACAGCGCAAGCCGUAGCAUUCAUCACCAUUGUUCAGCAAUGUAGGAGGAAUGCCGCCAUGUGGGGUCCUGAGGUCGAGAUCUUCCGUCAGGGUCAGACCGCGCUUUCCAGACAACGUUACAACUUUGGCACUGAUUGGCUCUCUGCUACUCAAGUCAGUGACGAGUGGGAUGCCUUCGAGGAGAUACUCAACCGCAAAACCAAAAUCGUCGAGGAUCAAACGGAUGCCCUACGGUCCAAUGUCAUCAACGAAGACCGUGCCAUUAGCGGUCGCAUAACAGACGUCGUCGCUCAAUGGUCAGAGGAGAAACCUGUAUCUGGAACUAUUCCUCCAGCAGAGGCCGCUGAAGUGUUACGGACAUACCAGGCACGGAUGGAGAAACUUCAAAGCGAGGCCGACACAGUUGCGAGGGCCAAGGAAGCUCUUGCUCUUCCUCAAACCAAAGACACUGCUCUGACUUCUGCGCUCGAAGAAGUCAGUGACUUCAAGUCAGUUUGGUCAGCUCUUUCCACGAUAUGGCAGAGUAUUAAUGACCUCCGUGACACGUUAUGGACAAGUUUACAGCCACGAAAACUCCGCCAGUCCCUCGAUGGCUUGGUCAAGAUGACCAAGGAAAUGCCCAGCCGGAUGCGCCAAUACGCUGCGUUUGAACACGUGCAGAAUAUCUUGCGUCAACUGAUCAAGGCAAAUCCUCUUUUGACCGAUCUGAAAUCCGAUGCUAUUCGAGAGCGGCAUUGGUUAAAGAUCUUCAAGGCUCUGAAACCAAACAAGCGGUAUUCCGAGGUGUCAAUGACGUUAGGCGAUGUGUGGGACCUUCAACUAGUUGCAAGCGAAGCCACGAUCCGAGACAUCAUUGCUCAGGCCAGGGGCGAGUUAGCACUGGAAGAGUUCGUCAGACAAGUGCGCGAUACGUGGCAAAGCUAUCCUCUGGACCUGGUCAACUACCAGAACAAAUGUCGCCUUAUUCGCGGCUGGGAUGACCUGUUCGCCAAGUGCAGUGAGAACCUCAAUUCGUUGCAAGCUAUGAGACACUCACCGUAUUACAAAGAGUUCGAGGAGGAAGCGUCUGCGUGGGAAGACAAGUUGAACCGUGUUCAUGUUCUAUUCGACGUUUGGAUCGAUGUUCAGAGACAAUGGGUUUACCUAGAGGGCGUAUUCACCGGCAAUAACGAUAUCAAGCACCUUCUGCCGACUGAAUCCAGCAGAUUUUCCAACAUCAAUACCGAAUUCUCUGCCGUGAUGAAGAAGGUAUACAAGUCUCCAUUUGUCAUGGAUGUUCUUGCCAUCCCUGGGGUUCAGAAAUCACUGGAACGGCUCGCCGAGCUCCUGAGCAAAAUCCAAAAGGCUCUAGGAGAAUAUCUUGAACGCGAGCGUGUCUCAUUUCCUCGCUUCUACUUCGUGGGAGAUGAAGAUCUUUUGGAGAUCAUUGGCAACAGCAACGACAGCACACGCGUAGCAAAACAUUUCAAGAAAAUGUUUGCAGGCAUUUCUGGAGCUGAAGUGAGCGAGGAUAGUACGAUUACAGCCGUCACUUCGAAGGAAGGAGAGUCUGUUGCCUUGAAGAAGGAAGUUUCUCUGAUCAAAUUGCCAAAGAUCAACGACUGGCUCACAGCUCUCGAUAACAGUGUCAAGCACACCUUGGCGGAGUUACUUGCAGAGGCUAUUGCCGUAUUCCGACCGCUUUUCACCGCUUCCGAACUUGACCAAUCGAUGUUCCAAGAAUACAUGAACAUGUUUCCAGCUCAGAUCAUGAUUCUGGCUGCUCAGGUCGUGUGGACUGACCUUGUUCAAGAGGCAUUGGAGGCUGCUGGUCAUGGUCUAACAAAGGUACAUGAGUUUGAAGUACGACUGCUCGAACUGUUGGCGGAGAGCGUCCUACAGGAUCUUCCUGCCCUGGCUCGGAAGAAGUGCGAACACUUUAUCACAGAAGCUGUACAUCAGCGUGACGUCGUUGCCAAACUCAUCAAAGCUGAAGCUGCCUCACCUGGGCAUUAUCUUUGGAUCCUGCAAAUGCGCUACGUCUACAGCCCCAAUGCUGAAUUGAAGAGCCGGCUACGCAUCGAGAUGGCAAAUGCUGUCCUAGACUAUGGGUACGAAUACCUGGGAGUACCUGACCGCCUCGUACGGACACCACUUACCGACCGCUGCUUCUUGACUUUGACGCAAGCACUCUGUCAGCGUCUUGGAGGGUCUCCCUACGGUCCUGCGGGUACAGGUAAGACUGAGUCUGUGAAGGCCCUUGGUCUUCAACUGGGCCGCUUUACCUUGGUUUUCUGUUGCGAUGACACGUUCGAUUUCCAAGCCAUGGGUCGUAUCUUCCUUGGCUUGUGCCAGGUAGGUGCCUGGGGGUGUUUCGACGAGUUCAAUAGGUUGGAAGAGAGAAUUCUCUCUGCAGUAUCCCAGCAGAUCCAGAACAUUCAAAUUGGUCUCAAAAACACCACGAAUGAGCAGAAAGCACAGAUCGACCUCGUUGGUCGUCGCUUCAAGGUCAACCCCAACUCGGGUCUCUUCAUCACGAUGAAUCCUGGCUAUGCAGGUCGUUCGAAUCUUCCGGACAAUUUGAAGAAGCUGUUCAGAAGUGUUGCAAUGUCAAAGCCCGACAAGGAAUUAAUUGCAGAAGUAAUGCUCUUCUCCCAGGGCUUCAAGCAGGCAAAGCAGAUAUCCUCUCAGGUCGUUCCUUUCUUCGACCACUGUGCUCAGCAGCUUUCCAAACAGCCCCAUUACGACUUCGGUUUACGAGCAUUAAAGAGUGUGCUCGUCAGCUCUGGGGGACUCAAGAGGAUUCGCAUGCAGACCGCAGCUGAAGGUGUAGAUGACGAACGUGCGCUUGAACCACAAAUCAUUGUGCAGAGCAUCCGCGAAACGGUGUCACCCAAGCUUAUCAAGCAGGAUGUUGAAACACUCGUGUCGGUCCAAGCACAAGAUUUCCCCGGCGUGGAGUACGUCCCGGCCAAUAUGGACAAGCUUGUUUCGGCCAUCAAGGAGGUCAUGCGUGAGGAACAUCUUACUGAAAGCGAUGCCUGGAUGACCAAGAUUUUGCAAUUGUAUCAAAUUCAGAACAUCCAUCAUGGUGUAAUGAUGGUGGGCCAAUCUGCCUCGGGCAAAUCAUCAAUCUGGAAAGUCCUGCUACAAGCCCUCCAGAGAGUCGAGGGUGUUGAGGGAGUGCACCAUGUAAUAGACCCGAAGGUUAUGUCGAAAGAAGCUCUUUAUGGCAGUCUUGAUAGCACUACACGAGAGUGGACUGACGGGUUGUUCACUGCUAUCUUGAGAAAGGUCGUCGACAACUUGAGAGGCGAAGACAGCAAGCGACACUGGAUUGUCUUCGACGGUGAUGUCGACCCAGAAUGGGUUGAAAAUCUGAACAGUGUGCUUGAUGACAACAAGCUUCUGACGUUGCCAAACGGUGAACGACUGAAUUUACCCCCAAAUGUACGCAUUAUGUUCGAAGUGGAGAGUUUGAAGUAUGCGACUCUCGCCACCGUCAGUCGCUGCGGUAUGGUCUGGUUUUCGGAUGACACUGUAACCCCAUCACUGAUGAUUGACCAUCACCUGCAAAAUCUUGCGGACAGAAGUUUCGAGGAUUUGGACGAUGAGAUCAAGGCUUCAGGCAUGGCUAAUAAGGCACGGGAAACACAAAGACAUGUUGUUGAAACGCUGCGAGGCCUAGCAAAUCGCGAUGAUUUCCUCCUCAAGGCCCUCUCGACGGCAUCGAAACACAAACACAUCAUGGACUUUACACACGCCAGAGCACUCGACAGCCUUUUCAGUCUUCUUGCCAAAGCAUGUCGCUCGAUCCUAGAAUACGACUUGAAUCAUCCUGAGUUUCCCCUGGACGUGGAGCAGACAGAAGCCUACAUUUCCAAGAAGCUGCUCCUGGCAUGUGUCUGGAGUUUUGUCGGUGAUGCAGGGUUGAGCAUUCGAAAAGAGUUCGGUGACUUUCUCAGCACGAUGACAAACAUCGAUCUACCAAAUCUGGACAGCACAACGUCUCUGAUCGACUACGAUGUCAACUUACCACACACUCAGUGGGUCCUUUGGCAAUCCCAGGUGCCCACAGUCGACCUAAACACCAACUCAAUCAAGCAGACCGAUGUCAUCAUCCCAACUGUUGAUACUGUUCGUCACGAAGAUGUCCUGUACUCAUGGUUGGCAGAACACAAGCCGCUCAUGCUUUGCGGUCCACCUGGAUCCGGUAAAACAAUGACGCUCUUCAGUGCUCUGAGGAAACUCCCAGAUAUGGAGGUUGUUGGCCUCAAUUUCUCCAGUGCGACGCAACCGGAACUAGUCAUCAAGACUUUCGAGCAGUAUUGCGAGUACAAGAAGACCUUGAACGGGAUGGUCCUUUCCCCAACACAACUUGGUCGAUGGCUAGUUAUCUUCUGCGACGAAAUCAACCUUCCGGCCCCUGAUAAGUAUGGUACUCAACGAGCAAUCAGUUUCUUGCGACAGCUUGUAGAACAAAAUGGCUUCUGGCGCACGUCGGAUAAGGUCUGGGUAUCCUUGGAACGCAUCCAAUUUGUAGGGGCUUGCAAUCCUCCCGAAGACGUCGGUCGUCAUCCACUUGGCGAUCGGUUCUUGAGGCACGCUCCUGUUGUUAUGGUUGACUACCCUGGCGAGUCCUCGCUGACUCAAAUUUACGGAUCGUAUAACAAUGCUGUGUUAAAGGUGGUGCCGACCCUACGAGGCUUCGCGGACGCUCUGACGCACGCAAUGGUGGAUUUCUAUCUCAAGUCUCAAGCACGAUUCACUCCAGACAUUCAGCCACAUUAUGUUUACUCUCCCAGAGAACUCACUCGAUGGGUUCGUGGCAUAUACGAAGCAAUUGCUCCACUCGAGCACCUCUCGCUUGAGGGGCUUAUUCGAAUCUGGGCGCAUGAGGCACUGCGACUGUUUUCUGACCGUCUCGUCGAACCCGACGAAAGAGCUUGGACAUCUGAUAUGGUCAGACAGACGGCGCUCCAGCACUUCCCCACUGCAGACAUCGACCAGGCUCUACAAGGGCCCAUAUUAUUCUCGAAUUGGCUCUCCAAGAAUUAUGUGUCUGUGGAACAAGAACAACUUCGAGAAUUCGUGAAAGCGCGACUGAAGACAUUCUGUGAGGAAGAAGUUGACGUCCCACUCGUGCUCUUCAACGAUGUACUGGAACAUGCCCUUCGUAUCGACAGAGUAUUCCGGCAACCACAAGGUCAUCUUAUCUUGAUCGGCACCAGUGGUAGUGGGAAAACCACCCUUUCGAGGUUCGUCGCUUGGAUGAACGGCCUGACCAUAUUCCAAAUCAAGGUCCAUGGCAAAUAUUCUGGUGAAGACUUUGAUGAAGACCUUCGAAAUGUUCUCAGAGCGUGCGGUACCCGAGGUCAGAAGAUAUGUUUCAUCAUGGAUGAGUCCAACGUGCUGGAUUCUGGUUUUCUUGAGCGAAUGAACACUUUACUUGCCAAUGGGGAAGUUCCCGGGCUCUUCGAAGGCGACGAAUACUCUGCGUUGAUGACAGCUUGCAGAGAAGGAGCCCAGCGUCAGGGCGAUCAUAUCGACUCCCAGGAAGAACUCUACAAGUGGUUCACCAAGGAGAUUGUCAAGAACCUACACGUUGUCUUCACGAUGAACCCGCCACAGGAAGGGUUGUCAUCUAAAGCCGCUACGAGUCCAGCCUUGUUCAAUCGUUGUGUACUUAACUGGAUGGGUGAUUGGUCAGACCAAGCUCUUUUCCAGGUCGGAUAUGAGCUCACACAGUCAAUCGAUCUCGACAAACCGAACUUUACUGCUCCGGAUAGCAUACCUCUGGCCUAUCGCGAUCUCACGCUUCCUGCAUCUCACCGUGACACUAUUGUCAAUGCGAUGGUACACAUGCACUAUUCAAUUCAGAAGACGAACGAACGCCUGGAGCAACAGCAAGGUAUCGUUACGUAUCUCACACCUCGGCAUUACCUGGAUUUUGUCACGCAAUUCGGCAAACUCUUCAGGGAAAAGCGAGAGGACCUCGAAGAACAACAGCGCCACCUGAAUGUUGGUCUCGAGAAGCUACGGGAUACCGUGGACAAAGUUCGUGACCUCCGAGCAAGCCUGGACCAGAAGAAGCAGCAACUAGAGCUUAAGGAUGCCGAAGCAAACGAGAAAUUGCAGCGCAUGGUGGCCGAUCAGCAAGAAGCCGAGCAGCGGAAAACAUCCUCGCUUGAGGUACAAAGCGCAUUGGAAGAGCAAGAAAAGGAGAUUGCAAGCCGAAAGGAAAUUGUGCUCAAUGAUUUGGCCAAGGCCGAACCAGCUGUUAUCGAAGCUCAGAGAAGUGUUAGCAACAUCAAGAGACAACAUCUUACUGAAGUCCGUUCUAUGGGCAACCCUCCAGCUGGUGUGAAGCUUGCACUGGAGUCUGUCUGUACUCUGCUUGGCCACAAAGUCGACAGCUGGAAGAGCAUUCAAGCCGUCGUGCGCAAGGACGAUUUCAUUGCGAAUAUCGUCAACUAUAACAAUGAAAAGGACAUGACGCCACCGUUGCGGCAGAAGAUGCGCCAUGAUUAUCUGUCCAACGAUGACUUUACCUUUGAGAAAGUGUUCCGUGCAAGCAAGGCAUGUGGUCCGUUGGUACAAUGGGUUGAGGCUCAAGUCAACUAUUCCGAGAUUCUCGACCGCGUUGGACCCCUCCGCGCUGAGGUUGAGCAGCUGGAAGAGAAAGCUCUCGACACAAAGGCGAAUGCUAAAGCCAUCGAGAACACCAUUAUCAAGCUCGAAAAAAGCAUCGGUACAUAUAAGACGGAAUAUGCUGCUCUUAUCAGCGAGACCCAAGCAAUCAAAGGUGAAAUGGCCAGAGUGCAGACAAAAGUCGACCGAAGUCUUCGUCUACUGGACAGUCUCUCUUCCGAGCGAGUAAGAUGGGAAGCUGCCAGCAAAUCUUUCGAGACUCAAAUCCAGACGCUGGUUGGAGAUGUCUUGAUAGCAUCAGCAUUCUUGGCCUAUGCAGGUCUAUUCGAUCAGCAAUUCAGAAAGACCAUGGUUGAUGACUGGAUGCAUCAUAUGUCGAUGUCUGGAGUCUCCUGUAAGAAUGAUGGUUCCGUUUUAGGCUAUCUUUCGUCCGCCGACGAACGCCUGCAGUGGCAACGCCACUCACUGCCUGCGGAUGAUCUGUGCAUGGAAAACGCAAUCAUGCUCAAGCGCUUCAACAGGUAUCCCUUGAUCAUUGAUCCUCCUGGCAGAGUUGCCGAAUUCUUGAAGCAAGAACACCAAGGACGCAAGUUGACAGUGACCAGCUUCCUCGACGAUGCCUUCACCAAACAGCUUGAAAGUGCACUGCGAUUUGGCAAUCCAAUCUUGAUUCAAGAUGCAGAGUAUCUUGACCCAAUCUUAACCCAUGUUCUCAACAAAGAGUAUCAAAAGACCGGCGGACGAGUGCUCAUCCAAUUGGGCAAACAAGAGAUCGACUUCUCAGAGCAUUUCCAGCUCUAUCUCUCCACUCGCGAUCCUUCCGCAAACUUUGCCCCAGACGUGUGCAGCCGAACGACCUUCAUCAAUUUCACAGUUACUCGGAGCAGUCUCCAAACCCAGUCUCUCAACGAUGUCCUCAAAGCAGAACGCCCAGAUGUUGACAAGCGUCGCACCAACCUCGUCAAGAUGCAGGGUGAGUUCGACAUAAACCUGCGGCAACUAGAAAAGAGACUGUUGCAAGCUCUGAACGAAUCCCGCGGCAACAUUUUGGAUGACGACAAUGUUAUCCAGACCUUGGAAACACUCAAGAAAGAAGCUGCGGUAAUCACAAAGAAGGUUGCUGAGACGGAAGGGGUCAUGGCAGAAGUUGAUCGCAUUACCCAAGGCUACAGCCGGAUCGCCAAUGCUUGUAGCGCCAUCUUCGCUUUGCUCGAACAGCUUCAUCACCUCAAUCAUGGCUACCGAUUUUCGUUGCAAUAUUUCCUCGACAUCUUCAGUUCAGUCUUGCAUCACAACCCUCACCUUACGAAUAAGACCAAUCAUGAAGAGAGAAGCGAGAUCAUUUUGAAGGACAUUUUCGUCGAGACGUACAGGAGAACAUCGCUGUCUAUGUUGCAAAAAGAUCGAAUCACCCUUGCAAUGUUGCUCGUCCGCGCGACACCUUACCACUUUGAUCGUUCUAUCAUGGACAUGAUCCUUGAAAACCAACAGCCGUCUCCUGGUGCAGUUGCACCUGGUGUUUGCGAGGAAGAUGUGAUUGCGGCAGUCAAACAGAUCCCUGUAUUUGAUCGACAAAUAAUUGACGCAUCUGGGAACGCAUGGAAACAAUUUCUCGCUGCUGAGCGCGCUGAACAUCAUGUACCGACCCUGUGGAAGCAAACCGACAAUGCUGUUGACCGCAGCCUUUACGAACUGCUUCUUGUCAAGCUCGCAAGACCAGACCGGUUCUUACCUACAGCGGAGAAGCUUGUGAUAAGCGUGUUUGGACAGGAAGUUUUCCAAGGGUCGGACGAUUUGAGCGCAAUUGUCAAGCAGGUCAACUCUUCGGUCCCGAUUGCCCUCUGCUCAAAUCCUGGAUUUGAUGCCAGCUACAAGGUCGAUGCGCUUGUUGAGAAGCAGAAUGCAAACUGCGCCAAUGUGGCUAUGGGCUCCGAAGAAGCUAUUGCUAGCGCCGACAAGGCCAUCACUAGUGCGGCUGCAAACGGCGCCUGGGUUUUGAUCAAGAAUGUGCAUCUGGCUCCUCAGUGGUUACAGAGUCUCGAAAAACGGCUAUCGGCCCUCAAACCCCAUCCCGAUUUUCGACUCUUCUUAUCAAUGGAGUCCAGUCCCAAGAUUCCAGUCAACUUGAUCCGAGCAUCCAGAACCUUGGUGUAUGAACAGCCGGCCGGUAUGCGAGCCAACAUGAAAGAUACCCUGACAGUUCUGUCAGACAGGGGCACCAAGAAUCCGGUGGAAAAGGGCAGAUUGUACCUUCUACUCUGCUUUUUGCAUGCUGUACUUCAAGAACGCUUACGAUAUGCGCCGACACUAGGGUGGAAAGGACUUUGGGAGUUCAACGACAGCGACUAUGAAUGCUGCUCGUUCAUCAUAGAUACCUGGAUCGAAGCGAUUGCACAAGGUCGUUCAAAUGUUGCUCCUGUCAAAUUGCCCUGGGAGUUGAUCCGUACUUUAGUCACCGAAAUGUACGGAGGCAAGAUUGAUGACGAGGGAGACUUUUCAUUGCUCAACAACAUUGUCAAUCAAGUUUUCGACCCUGCUGCAUUCGAGGCCGAUCACGAGCUUGUGUCGGAUAACGACGGUCACGCUCUGAAGGUUCCACAAGGAACGACCAUUCGAGACUUUUUGAACUGGGUAGAUGGACUUCCAGAACGAGAGCCACCAGCCUAUUUGGGACUGCCUGCCAACGCGGAGAAAUUGCUUUUGAUGGGACAAGGACGAGAAACCAUUGGCAAUCUCGCCAGGAUCACAGAUUUGUUGGAGGAAGGAGAACAUUCUGUUGCCGGCCGCGAAGAGCAUAGCGAGGCAUAG